AUGCCGGAAAUGCGGCAAAGUGGGCCACUUUGUACAGAAAUCGUCUGUGGGAAGUGCAAAGAAAUUGGUCAUUCCUUUGAAGAAUGUGUCAAUGGCAGAAAGUGCAAUCUUUGUGGUGAGCAUAACCAUUUCUACAGAGAUUGUCCUAAGUCUUUUGCCAACAAGCUGAAGGCCAACAAAAUGGCUGCUCAGCAUGAGGCUCCUGAGGUGGAGAAGGAGGCAGUCCCUGAGGUUUUGGCGGGAAAUUCAAACUCCCAGUCAAUCUCAGGGACUGGCCAGGAGCCGGAGGGCGGGAACAAAGAGGCGGAGCCAGUGGAACAGGGAGGAAGGGAGGCUACACCCUCCGUGCAGCUGGAAAAAGUGAAUAUGGAGGACAGGUUAUCCUUUUCGGAUGAAUCUCUGGAGACAGUGCCGGAGAGAAGAAGCAGAGGGCACCUACCCUCCCUUUGGAGCGGUUCGAAUUUUAACAGGUCAGACGGGGUGGCUAUUUUAAUUAAAAACCCACACAUUUUGGUGAAGGGCAGCACGGUGGUGAGAGCUGGGCGGGCGCUCAUAGCAAAUUUGACCUUUUUAGGCAGUGAUUUUAAUGUACUCAAUAUUUAUGGUUUUACAGAUAAAAACAGUAGGUACGAGCUUUUAGAGGACCUGCAGCCCCACAUGCUAGGUAGGAUUCCCCUAGUUCUUGCAGGGGAUUUUAACUGUAUUUUAAGUAAGUCAGAUAGGAAAACAGCGAGUGUAGAUUUUAAAGUAGACAAAACAUCGGUUUUAUUGCAGGGUUUGGUUAGAGAUUUUAGAUUAGUCGACGCUUUUAAAUCGGUGCAUCCCAGAGAGGAGGGCUUCACCUGGUUUAGUGGUGAUGGCACCAGAGCCUCUCGAAUCGACUAUGUUUUUAUACGUGACUGCCUGCCGACCGAUGCUACAUUAACUCCGCUUUUCUUUUCUGAUCACGCUAUGCUGUCUUGCACCUUUUCGCUAUCCACUGGAGUGACUAUAGGGGGAGGGCUGUGGAAGCUGAACUGCUCUCUGUUGCAGGAUGAGGAUAUUGUCCAGGAAUACAGUGAGCGGUACAGCCAAUGGCAGACCCUCCAGGACUGUUAUGACUCACGUGCACGGUGGUGGGACAUGGUAAAAGAAAGGACUGGACAGUAUUUUAGGAGGGUAGGAAAGGAAAAAAAGAAUAAGGAAAAGAGAUACAUGAUGGGGCUGCAAAGACGCUUACAGAGGUAUUUUAAUCUUUUAAAUGAUGGGAUGGAUUUUAGUGAAGAAAUAAAAGAGGUCAAGAAGGAAAUGUCAGUUUUAUCCGAGGUAAAAGCAAAAGGAGUGAUGUUAAGAAGCAAAGAAAAAGACAUAAAGGAAGGAGAAAAAUGUACCCGGUACUUUUUUAAGAAAAUAAUAAGUGGAAAAGCUAUUACAAAAUUAAAAGAACAAGGAAAACAAGAAGACACAACAACAGGAAUUUUAAGAGUGGUGGAGGACUUUUAUAGAAAUCUAUAGAAGUCUGCGGUCCUGUACGCAGGGGCGUGGGCUGGAAGA